AUGAAAAUGACUGACUCGAAAAAGAAACCUGGCGAAUCGAGGGCGAAUACCGCGACAUUUUUACUAACAAGACAAACCGAAUACCCCGUCGACGGUCACCGAGUGAAAAUCGUCGUCGUCGGAAGCGGUCAGACGGGGGUGGCGAUCGCCGUAGCGAUUCUCUUCAAGCGAUUGGCAUCGGAGUUGGUACUGAUCGACUCGAACGAGGACUUGGCCAAGGCCCAAGCCGAGGACCUCAGCCACGCCGCAGCUUUCUUGGGAAAUCCGAAAAUCGUCGGAACAAAGGGUGACGAAUUACUCGCUUCGUCGAACACGAUCGAGUUUCCGUAUCCGAAGUUACGUUUUUUUUUUUUUUUUGCAGACUUCGGUUCGGCGCGCGACGCCGCCGUUUGCGUUUUCACCGCGGGACGAAAGGCGGAGAAGGGUCAGGACCCGAAAGAGUUACUCGAGCCGAAUCUGGAGAUUUACAAAUCGGCCGUAACGAACGUUUGCAAAUACGCGCCGAACAGUGUCCUCGUAAUCGUGACGAGUCCCGUGGACAUCAUGUCGUACGCCGCGAUGAAGAUGUCCGGGUUUCCGCCGAACCGCGUCAUCGGUCUCGGAACAUUUUUGGACACCAGUCGUUUCCAGUAUUUCAUAGCGCAGAAGCUCGGGAUCUCCGCCAGUUCCGUUCAAGCCCUGGUGAUAGGAGAGAACGGGGCGAGCUCCGGUACGACGUUGAAAAAAAUUUCACCCCCCCUCAAAGGUCACCUCAUCGCCGAGCCCCGAAUUUUUUCAGUACCGGUCUGGUCCGCCGUCGCUGUGAUGGGAAUGAAGUUGAAGGACAUCAACAAGGAGAUCGGCCAAAAAAAUGAUCCCGAGGGGUGGAACGAGGUGCACGAGAAAGUGGUGAACAGCACCGACGACAUGAUCGAAAAAAAGGGUUGCUGCAAUUGGGGCGCCGGUAUCUGCGCGGGUGAAAUCGUCGACGCGAUCGUUAGGAACACCUGCGUUUGUCUGACCGUUUCUACUUACGUCAAGGUUCGAAUUCGUCCCGUGAAGACGGACGAUGAAACGGGGAAAAAGGGCGCUCGGAGUAAAAAAUGCGUUUUUCAGGGCUGCAGACACGGUCUGGAAAAGGACGUUUUCAUGUCGCUGCCUUGCGUGAUCGGUAGAAACGGGGUUCAGUCUUACGUCCGUCAUUCUUACACCGCCGAAGAACAGGAAUUGACGGCGAUAUCGUGCCGUGCGAUUUACGAAACGCAGAGACCUUACCUCGACAGAUUCGAGUAGUGGAAAAAUUAGUCGCUCUCGAACGCGCCCCAAAUUCACCGGUAACAUCAUCGACUCCCGCCUCAUUUUAUCCCGACCACUCGGAAGACUCAAAUAAAUGAUUGAAUAAAGUCCGACGAACUUCGUGCCUCCGUCGUUUCGAUAUUACCUCGUUGUGCAACGUUAUUCGACGUGGCCGUACGGUGAAACUGAAAAAUUGAUUCAACUUCUCGGUAGGUUGGUACAAUAAUGAAAGGAACGAGGGCACAAGGCAGAUGAUCAAGCACGAGGGCGUUAUCUGCAUCGAUUUCAAUUACUCAACGCGCUGCACUCGCUGCUCGAAACGAGGAUCAAUAGUUAGUUAGUAAAGCGGCGUGGGCGCUUCCUUUUCCCCUGUUUGUUUUUUUUUUCUUUUCUCUUCUUCUUUUCUUUUCUUUUCUCUCCUUCGUUUCGUUUUCGGUCCUAUUUGAUUGAUAGCGACAACGCGACGUCGAUGAAAUACCGAAAAUUCCCAAUCGGUUCGAAGAGAUGAGAUAAAAAUGAAAACGAAUAGCGAGACACGACUCCGAAAAAUGUAAAUCUUUGAACGUCGAUAGGAUUCUUCGAUUGCGGGAACGGCUGCGGGUUGCCGAAAAAAAUCGUCUCGCGAGGUGUUACAAAAUAAAUGUGAAUGAGAACGUUGAACGGCUCGAGUGUAAUAUAACACAGCUGAAACCACCGUGAAAACUCAUUAAUCAGUCUUUGCUUUCCAAGACACGCGUUGCUCCUCUCGUGCAUUUUUAUGCGCGCAACGGAGGGAUGGAGAAGAGAGAAAAGUAAGACGUAUCGGGUAAGCCUCGCAUUAUUCGUUAUCCGGGUGAAUUGGAUUCUUGGACACCUGGGAGGUUGCCGCCGGUAACUUUUGUCGGGGGUGGGGGGGGAGAGGGGGGAGGGGGUUACCGCGCACAUGUAUCUCAUUUGAAUGCAGGUGGAAAGAGGAGGGGAAAAAAAGUCCGAGUAAAGCUCCAGAGAAGGAGAGGGGGAAAACUUUUUCGAAAUAUCAUUAUUAGAACAUUAUACAAAAUCCCUGGGCGAAGUUAUUAACUACCUGGGGGACACGAGCGUGGGCGGUACCUACGAAGACGAUGAUAUUUUCGAGUCGGUAAUUGACGACGUUAUGCGUAAAACUGAGAGAUACAGAUUUUGUCUGUUUUUUUUUUUUUUCUUCUUCCGAGGCAUAAAAAACAAUAUUAAAAAAGUGUCACGCGUGUAACGCGCAAGAACGGCGAUCCGGAGUCCUCGUCACGUGAUUCAUUACAACGGCGGUCUAACGAAUCGGUACGACCUACCCGCCGCAGUUAAGACUUCUUCUUCUAAAUCCCCCACUACGUGUGAGAUAUUCAUACGUACGUACGUCUAUGUAUACGUACGGUUACACUUCGUUGUGUAUACGAGAAACACCGAGUUAACUCUCCCCCCAGCUUCCGAGCUGCUACCGCUCCGCUCGCUGCUUCUGCUGCUCCACAGCAAUUUCUUCGUAUUAUCUCGAUGACGUGUCUAGCCUGCGUUAUUUAUGAACCAAGGACCUCUAGAUUAUGCCUUCUGACUUAAUUCCCACCCCGCACCACACCUCCCUUUUCGUCUCUUCC